GAAAGCGGAGGUCUGCGUCUUCCCCUCUCCUCCGGCACAUCUCGUCCCCACCGCUCCCUCCCGCCUCCCAGCCCACACCCUGACUGCGCCCUUGGCCCCCGCUCCCUCGGGACCGCAGGCGUGGGAGCCCCGGCCCCGCGCAGCUCCCUCACGGCGCCCCGCGCCCUCCUUCCUUCCUCGCCCGGACGGACGCACUUCCGGCGGAUGUGGGGGGGGGGGCAGCCCCGGAAACGGAAGCGAGCGGCGGGGCCGGCUGACGGUAACGGGCUGAGAGCGUGUUCGCAGAGCGGGUUGAAGAUGAAUGCCAGAGGACUUGGCUCUCAGCUAAAGGACAGUAUUCCAGUUACUGAACUUUCAGCAAGUGGACCUUUUGAAAGUCAUGAUCUUCUUCGAAAAGGUUUUUCUUGUGUGAAAAAUGAACUUUUGCCGAGUCAUCCUCUUGAAUUAUCAGAAAAAAAUUUCCAGCUCAACCAAGAUAAAAUGAAUUUUUCCACGCUGAGAAACAUCCAGGGUCUAUUUGCUCCACUAAAAUUGCAAAUGGAAUUCAAGGCCGUACAGCAGGUUCAGCGUCUACCGUUUCUUCCAAGCUCAAAUCUUUCACUGGAUAUUUUGAGGGGUAAUGCUGAGACUAUUGGAUUUGAAGAUAUUCUUAAUGACCCGGCACAGAGUGAACUAAUGGGAGAACCACACUUGAUGGUGGAAUAUAAACUCGGUUUACUGUAACGCAGCGUGUGCCGUUCGUGAAAAGAGUGGGGCUGUAUCUUGUUUAUAGUUGUCUUUUUACUGUAAUUUGAUGUACACAACAUUAAACGUACUGACACAUGAGAAGUUUUGCCUAAAUAA